AAACUGCAAUCCACAAUGUCUUGGAAAAUAAAACUUGUAGCCGCUACAAUAGCUAUCUCGUGUUCUUACAAAGUUUCUUAUGCAGAAACAGUUGUUGAUGAAGUUAAAAAGAAAGAACCUUGGAACCUAUUUUCCUGGUUUUCCUUUCAGUCGAAAGAUGAAAACGAAGCGGUGAAAGCUACUCGACUGUUAUUCUGGGGAAGUCUAAACGAUCCAUCGUCAACAACAAAGCAUCUAGAUGAAGAAGUUGCUUCCACCCAUAUUUCUAAGACAUCAGUUAGUAGGAAAUCCACUUUGCCACGUAUUGCACAAGUAAAAUGUCCGGAUAUUCAAAGUGUCUUGUAUUGGAAGUCGUCCUUCGCUUUUCUUUCAAAGAAAGGAGUUGUAUCUUUAUUUCAUGUCGAUGAUGCUUUUGGAGAUAGCGAACCUCACCAAUUGGAAUCAGGAAAUGUUGCUUUUAGAGGUAUAGCUUUAUCACCAAUAGGUCAGAAACUUUUGGCUUGGAGCCAACAAGGUGAAUUGUUUGGAGCUGAGUUUUCAGAGUCUGCUGUGUUGAAUAAGGUAUCUCGAAAUUGGAUUGGAGAACAUAAAGUAGAUCAUAUUCAUUGUGGAAAGAGUCAUUGUUUGGCUUUGACCAAACAGGGUGUUGUACUUUCAUGGGGAUUAUCGGAUUCCUUUGGACAACUAGGAAGAGGUCAAGUUACAUCUGAAGAUAAUUGUGAAACUCCAGGAGUUGUUGUUGUACCCAAAGACAUUCGAGUACAAAAGGUUUGUUGUGGUGAUGCACAUUCAGCAUUCUUAAUGGAAGAUGGCAGUGUUUGGACUUGUGGUAGUAAUCAGUGGCUACAAUUGGGAAAUAAAGAGGAACCUUGGAAGGAUGGAAAUGAUUAUCGUCCAACUCCUCAAAGAGUGCAAGGAAUUGGACAACGAGUUGCAACAGAUAUUGCUUGUGGUGCUCAUCAUACACUUAUUCUUAUUAAAGAUGGAACAGUUUAUUCUUGUGGCUUUGGACGAUGGGGACAAUUGGGACAUCAUAAUUAUGCUCAGCUUUCGUACUUGUCUCGUAUAAGUUGGUUAGAUGGUCUUAGAAAUGGAAGAAUUCGAGAUAUUGCUGCAGGCUCUAAUCAUUCUUGUUUAGUGACAACCGAUGGAAAAUUAUAUAGUUUGGGUGCCAAUUUUGCUGGUCAAUUAGGUAUUGGUACUCUACAACCCAGCGCCAUUCCUCGGUUGGUAAAAGGCUUAGAUCACUUUCAUGUGGAAAAAGUAUUUUGUUCCGGUGAUUGGACUGCAGUCGUUGGCUUCUUUGAAGAUUCAACCAACUUGUAAUAUAUCUGUUAGAAACAUGAGUUGUUGGU